AGGCGCGAGACUGCCGGCGCUUUUAAACAGCGGGAGGCGCGAGCUCGGCCCGUUAGAGCCACUUUGACAAACAUGGUUCGCACCAAAGCCGACGGCCCGUCCGCCUCCACCGGUUCCUUUCGCAAGGCUGUUGCUGCUAGAGCACCAAGGAAGGCACUUGGAUGUACAAGUACAGCCAACACUUCUCUAACAUCACCUGGGAAAAAGGAAAACAAAUAUGCCGGUGGGAACCCAGUGUGCCCAAGACCUACCCCAAAGUGGCAGAAAGGGAUUGGAGAAUUCUUUGGUGGUCCUUCCAAACAGCCUGAGAAGGAGAAUACUGUACCGUCAGAUGAUGAUGAUGAUGCCGGUAGCAGCAAGGCUGGAACAAGCAAAGCUCCAAGAAGGGCACGUGUUCUGCCUGAGGACUCAGAAGAAGUUGCUUCAGAUGAAGAGAACUGAACACCACUUCCCAUGUCCACAUGUGAUACUUGAACAGAUCCCCCUUGUGUAUAUUUGUAUAUAUGUCUAUUGCUAUUGUAGUAUGGAUUUGUUUUAGUUGUCUUGUACAGAAAUUUAAUACCAAUUAAAAGCCAUAAUUAUGCAACCCAAUUCAAAACUUAUUAGCUGAAUCUUUUGGUCCAGGGCUAGUGGGACCCUCAGCUAAUUAAGACUUUACUAUGUACCUGGUUAUUGCAUUUUGGGUUUCAUCAAAUCUCUUGUCCUCUAUUCAUGUUGAUGGGUGGUGUUGGAGGGAGGAGAUAACAUUUUCAUAGAAACAUGGUAUGUAACCAGAAGUUUCUUUAGUUACCUUAUUGUACCUUUGCAAUGUUAGUCUAAUUUUUUAUAAUAAAUUUUAAACUUUGUGCAGCA